AUGGUAAAUGAUAUUGGUCACGCUGUUAUGGAUGUUGCACGUAAGAUGGCCACAUUACAAAAAGAUUUAAAAAUCAUUCAAGUGGAUGUAAUGAAAAAUCAAGAACUUUUGAUAGAUAUAAACACUCAUUUAACCCAUUCAGUUACCACUACAGACCAAAGAUCUUUCAACCGGUCUAGUUUGAACAUACCUAUAGAAACUAUGGAUGAAUUGAAAAAUAUUGACGCUGAAGAGGAUAAAUUAAAAACUUUGUAUCAGAUUUUAAAAAGAGAUUCAAAAUCAUUUGAUGCCAAGCGUACAACAUACUUGGCAAUGAAAACAGUCAUACAUAAUAGAUUAGCUGAAUAUUUAAACAUGGAAGGUAGACGAGGAGAUAAAAGUGCAUUUAGCAAAUUUAAAAUUUGUACCAUUGUUAUAGAUAGUGUUAAAGACCAUUUCCCACACAGUUCAAUUCUGGAAAUUAAAGGACACAUAAGUGACUGGUUAAAACAAGCACCCAAAAGAAAAUAA